AUGGCAUCAGACAUGAAGGCGACGGUUGAGCCCACCAAGAAGGGUUUCUCCGUCUGUGGUUACGAGAAGAUCGAGUACGACUUUGAGUUUCUCGAUGGCGUUUUCAACAAGCAGAACAGCCAGCUGGCCGACUGUUACUCGCGGUGGAAGCGAUGCUUGGCUGUCAUGGACCUCAACAUCUUCAAUAUCUACGGCAAGGAGAUGAAGGAGUACUUUGAUCACUACAACAUUGAGCUCAAGAUUCACAAGACCAUGAUUGGUGAGAAGGCCAAGUCCAUGGAGACGUUGCUGAGCAUCGUCGACUCCAUGACAGAGUUCGGUGUCUACCGCAAGGAGCCUGUUCUUGUUGUUGGAGGUGGUCUGGUCACAGAUGUUGCUGGCUUCGCAUGCGCUGCCUACCGCCGCAACACACCAUUCAUCCGCAUUCCCACAACAGUUAUUGGCCUGAUUGAUGCUUCCGUAUCCAUCAAGGUCGCUGUCAACUACGGCAACUACAAGAACCGUUUGGGCGCAUAUCACGCACCAACCCACACAUUCCUCGACUUCACUUUCUUGCGAACUCUUCCCACCGCACAGAUCCGCAAUGGCUUUGCCGAGCUGAUCAAGAUCUCUACUUGCGCCCAUCUGGAGACCUUUGACCUGCUUGAUCGCUUCUGCGAGGAGCUGAUCAAAACUGGAUUCGGUCGCACUGAUGGAGCCAGCAAGGACGUCAGGGAUGCUGCUGACAAGAUCAACCGCAAUGGUAUCCACGAGAUGCUGAAGCUUGAGACUCCCAACCUGCACGAGAUCAUGCUUGACCGUGUCAUCGCAUACGGCCACACUUGGUCGCCCCUCCACGAGCUCUCCCCUGACGUGCCCCUGCGCCACGGCCACGCCAUCUCUAUUGACAUGGCCUACUCUGCAACUCUGGCGCACGUCCUCGGAAAGCUCUCAUCAGAUGAGCACCGCCGUCUGUUGAACCUCUUCUCCCGCGCCGGUCUUUCCAUGGACCAUCCCCUCUUUGACGAAGACAUGCUUGAGAAGGCUACCUCUGCCAUCCUCAAGACCCGUGAUGGCAAGCUGCGCGCCGCCGUUCCCUCACCCCUGGGCAACUGCGAGUUCCUCAACGAUAUCUCCCACGAGGACAUGUGUGCGGCCCUAAAGGUGCAUAAGGACCUGAUGAAGGAGUACCCCCGUCAGGGUGCCGGCCUCGAGGCCUACGUCGAUGCUAGCGAUACCGGCUACACGAUCAAUGGCUCUUCCGUAGAGGAUGAGUCUCGCAAGCACAUGAACGGCGUCGAGCAGACCGUCACCCGUGAUGACACCAUCUCCUCCAACGGUUCCUCGACACCCGAGUACGGCUUGUCAAAUGGCAAGAACUUGGAUCAGGACAAGGCUACGUAUGCUGCUGCCGGCUUCGAGCCCGAAGUUCUGAAGAAGCUUAACGCUGAGGAGAUGAAGAGCUCCAGCACACAUGGCAAGGUUCAUGUUGAUGAGGAGUGUUGUUAG